AGACGACAAUGCUCUCCACACUCCACAUGACAAAAAUAAACACUUCUAACCUCACAAACACAAAAAUUGUGCACCAAAAACCCACAUAUGUCACAAUGUCAAAAACGGCAAGUAAUCGCGACACAAAAUUAGGUAAAAACGACGUUCUCCAGGCAAUUGUAUUUGCCGACGAUUUUACCGAAAAACUCUCACCCCUUGAUAAUGUCCUGCCAACUAUUUUACUUCCCGUUUUAAAUACUCCUCUCCUUCAAUAUCUCAUUGAAACACUCGUUGCCUCUCGCGUUCAAGAAGUAUUUCUCUACUGUAGCAAUCACAUUGAUCUAUUGAAAAAUUACAUUAAAACUCUAAAUCGCAGUGACAUUACAAUAACGCCGAUAAUCUCCGACGGUUGUCGUUCGCUGGGCGAUGCUCUCCGGGACAUUGACAUUAAGGGCUGGGUGAGGGGCGAUUUUAUUUUAAUUCGCGGUGAUGUCUUUACAAAUGUCGAUUUAAAACGUCUAAUAACAUCGCAUCGGGCAAAAACAAAAAAAGAUCCCGGCAAUAGUAUGACAUUGUUGUUGAGUAAUUUUGGUAAUUUACAAAAUUCUUGCCUCAAGGAGGAGACUUGUUUAUUGGUGUCAAAUAAUGAGGACAAUAAAGUUUUACUUUAUAAAAAAAUGCGGAAGGAGAAGAAAAUUCAAAUGGAAUUACAAUGGUUUUUAGAUCAUGAGAAUAUUCAUAUUAAUUCUGGACUAUUGGAUUCGCAUGUUUAUUUUUGUUCGCCAUCUGUUCUUCCACUUUUCUCCGAUAAUUUCGAUUUUCAGACAAUGGAGGAUUUCAUAAAAGGCGUCCUGCUAAACGAGGAAAUUCUCAAUUCCCGAAUUUACUGGGAAUCGCCGAGUCCCACGGAAUACGCACUUCCAGUGACAUCGUGGAAAGCUUAUCACAAAUUAACCCGCGAUAUUUUACAACGCCAAGCAUAUCCAUUGACUCUCGAUUUACUUGGUUUCUACAAAAAUUAUUCAUGCCUCUCAGUUCUGAAAAGCACCUACAAACAUCAAACGGCAACAAUAUCACGCGGUUCAUUCCUGAAAAAUGACUCAAUAAUCGGCGAUAAAUCACUAAUCAAUGGAAAUUGCACCCUAAUUAGAACCGUGAUCGGUGACAAUUGUCAAAUCGGCAACAAAACAGAAUUGGAAAAUUCCUAUCUAUUCACAAAUGUAAAAAUUGGUGGCAAUGUUUUUUUAAAGGACUGUCUAAUAAUGCCCGAUUGUAAAAUAGACGAUUGCGUUCGUUUAAAUAAUUGCAUUGUCACUGCGAAUGUUUCACUGAAAAAUUGUGAAUUCACCGAUAAAAUAAUUAGCGAAUCAAAGGGAGAAAUUGUGGUUGACGAUAUUUUUGAACCGCAAUUUCUCGAGGGUGAUGGGGAAUUUUUAUUUUUCGCUGAGAGAAAAAAUAAUGAGAAUGAUAAUGAGAUUGAUGAGGAAUCGAACGAUGAGAGCAGUAGUGAGGCAAGUUAUGCGGCCUCUGUUCCUGACGAUGUCAGUAUAUUUUUGUCGGAAGUAAUUGACAGUUUGUCGCGUGGCUAUCAGGAUAAAUUGAAUUGCGAGAAUCUUAUUUUGGAAAUAAAUUCGUCGCGUUACGCUUAUAAUAUGGCAAUUCGAGAGGUUACCUAUAAUGUGAUUAAGGCGGUGUUGGGACUUCCGGCGCACUAUUUGAAGCACAGUGACAGUCCGUUGAGUGACGAUGUCUACAGGAAGACGCUGAAGGGAAUGUUGAUUUAUUUUAAGAAAAUUAUUGUCAAUUAUAUGAAAACUGAAGAUUCACAGGAGGAUUGCUUGAGAGCGAUUGAGGACGUUGCGAAUACGACUAAAGCACUUUUGCCAUUUACACAUCAUUUGUUGCAUUUCCUCUACGAUUGUGACGCUCUUUCCGAGGAGAAAAUCAUUGAAUGGUAUGAAAACGAUCUGGACGAAAAGGAGGCGAACGUACAAGCAUUAAAAAAGGCCGUGAUGCCAUUUAUAAAAUGGCUCCAGGAAGCAGAGGAAGAUUCAAGUAGCGACGAAGAUUGAAAUUAUUUUCAAAAGAAAAAAAAAUGAGAGGUAUUUAUAGGGAAAAAAUUUGGGAGGUGAAAUAAAAAAUCGAACUCAAUUUAUACUUAAACUCCUAAUUAAAAAACCAUUUGUAUUUAGGUUGUAAAUUGUACAUCGAAAAUAAUACAUUUUUUUUGCAACAA